AUGAUUUACACCCUCCGGCGGGCGACCAUUUUCGUCACCGCCCUCACCAUCUUCUCCGUCUUGGUCCUAACCUUCCUCCCGCGCUACCUCAACCCUACGCCUCCCGAUGCCGAAGAACGAAAGCGAGACAGACAAUGGGUCAACUCCUCCCCAUACUGGUUCGAUCGCCAGGUCUGCCGAUACCUUGGCCUAUGCGGUAUUCAGCACAUCCGAUGGGAUGCGCCCACUCUGCCCGGUUGGGGUCGGGUCUUUGUCAACAAGCCCGGCACCGAAUCUUGGGAACAUGCGCCAGGCCAUGUCGACCUCAAGCGCAAGCGAUCCGAGUCUUCCGACACGCUCCAAAAAGUCCCCCAGUACGUCCUCGAUCAUGCGCCGCUCGUCCACCUCUACUCGGGCGAACACUUUUGGCCUUCCGACAUGGCUGAGCACGUCAAGCACAUGGGCCUCCUCGACGACGAAGACGGGUCGGUGAACAGGACGGACGAACUUGAUCUGGGGAGUCUCGCUAGGCUCAACGCCAAGAACGGCACCGUCUUUCUGACGAGCAUGGAUGAUGUGGAAUCCAGGCCCGAGUGGCUCCACAACCGAGCCGGGAUCCCCGUCGAGUAUGAGGAUGACGAUGGCGAUGAUGAGCACGACGGAAACCCCGACAAGAAAAUCCCCGGAAACAACCCGACUGUGCCUACGGACGGAAACACGUGGUGGGACGCCGACAAACAGCACCCGCCGAACCGGAUCGUCGCUCCUCGGUAUCGCAAGGGCGGUCCUUCAUGGCGUCGCGAGAAGCGCUUCAUGCAGGACAAGAACAAGCCCAACCCGAGCGGUUAUUCCAAUGGCCCCGCCGUGCUCAUCAUUGUCGACAAAGGGGCCGGCAUUCUGGACGCCUUCUGGUUCUUCUUUUACUCGUACAAUCUGGGGCAAACCGUGCUGGGCAUCCGCUUCGGCAACCACGUUGGCGACUGGGAGCACUGCAUGGUGCGCUUCGAUAACGGGAUCCCGAAAGCCAUGUUUUUGUCCGAGCACGCCGGCGGAAAGGCCUACGCUUGGCCUGCUUUGGAGAAAAAGGCUCAACCCAACGGCAAACCACCCCGUCCGGUGAUUUAUUCGGCGGUAGGAAGUCACGCCAUGUAUGCCACGCCUGGCUUGCACCCCUACGUCUUGCCGUUCAAGCUUCUGAAGGACGUGACCGACCGCGGUCCUCUCUGGGACCCUGCUCUCAACCACUACAGCUAUUGGUACGACUACGAGGCCGGGCUGAACGAAACCGAGUCACCCUCAUCCCCUCAGUCGCCCUACCUUGGCAACCCUUCCGAUCCUCCAAAGGAGUACACCUCCCUGGUCCCCGCGGCGGAUAAUCCAAAGGCUCCAACAAGCUGGUUCCACUUUGAAGGAGCGUGGGGUGAUGACGUCUAUAGUCUGGCGGACUAUAGGCAGUGGAGGCUGUUUGGCGAGUAUCACUACAUUGUCGGACCGCUGGGGCCCAAAUUCAAAUACUUGGAGAGGAGGAAGGUGUGCCAGACAGACAAGUGUACGAUGCUGUGGAGCAUUGAGGAUGGAGAGAAGAGCAGUUGGUAUUGAUGGCGGGGAUUGCAUGAGUCUUUUGGAUGUGCGCGGCAGUAGAAGGAGUUGGUUUUGCGUUGCUUCAUUCUUUUUCUUUUCUCUCUUGGUUAUUGCGUUGCUGCUUUUUUUUGCGACAUGAUUGAUACCUCUACGAUACCCACUGCUCACUUGCAUGGAAAGCAUGGAAGAAGAACUGUUUACACAUACAGCAUUGGUCUCAUGGCCUAUACAAGGAGUUGACGAUGAUGGCGAUCC